GAACCUAUUUCUUCCAAAUCUCACUCAGUCGGAAGAUGGUAUUCUCUUUGCCCGCCUAAACCUGUUAAUCUUCACGUUCAUGGGCCACAAAAUGCUCUAUUUCGUAGAGAAUUUGAGUGCAUAAAAAUUGUGAUUUGGCCCGUGCAAGUAGUUUUCGGCCUAUUUACUGGCCUGCAUCCCUGGAGAACCCGUACCCCCGAGUACAUGAACAUACUUAUAUAGAAGUACAUUUACACAUUACCACAGUAAAGACAAUUAAAGAACUCGGGUGAUCUUUUGCCACCAACCUAUAAUCAGUAUCCCGUUUCGUCAGAAAUAGUCAGGGUAUUUGGCAAACAUCAAAAAUGUUUUCAGUUGUCAAUAGAAAACUGCAAAAUUGGUCCGUCGGACUCAUUUGUAAUUCUGUGAACAUCGUGGGCAUAUAAACUUAUCUCAGUAAUCUUGAUUGGGGAAAUUGUGUCCGUCUCAAUCAUAAUACUGGCCGAUUCCUUAAGGAAGUUGCCACCCAGAUCACUUCAUGUAAACCUCCAGUACUCCCGUUCGUCCUGCCUCUUCAUGGUCACAUCUGUCUCAUCCAUGCUUCCUCCAUUCUCUAAUAUCCCGUUGUGCUAGCCCCCUCAGGUUACAAAAUGAUAUCCAUAAAAAAUGCAGCUAGUGAUGGGCCCCUGGGCUAUGGCCUAGUUUCAUGGCUAGACGUUCGUUUCCCUUCUCAUUCGUGUUUGUUAGUCCACAGAGGAAGAAAACGUCGUCAGCAAGAGUUUCAUUCAUGCCACGCGGCCCUAACUAUUAAGGAUCACUGAAGCGGAGCGGUUCAACUGUGGGCACACCCAUGUGUGUCAGUCGCCGAAAAUGUACUGUUGUUGUUUAUGCAUAUGCUGAGACACAUUCAGUAAACUCGAAACCAUCACAGCCUACACAGUACAGCACUGUACAGCCAAUUUUAUCGAAAAUGUGACUGUGAACUGACACUGAUACAUUCUUCACUGGUGACACUGGCGAAGUGGACUCAUUUCAGUUGUCAAGACCUAUCCAACUGUACUUUAAAUGCAGCUAUUCAACGUUGGUGACAUAACGACGUUAGCAUAACUGGCUCAAGUUUGUUCACUGCUGUUCUGAAAGAAUUCACGCCGUCUGGAUCACAGGUCUGAUCAAGGGGAAGGGUAUUGGAAUUGUUUUGGUAGAGUGCGAGACAUCCCAGCCACCGAUCUUAAGAUCCUGAUGACACUGGCUAUCAGUCAGUGUCAAUGCAGUAUUACCAUGGAAACGGAAGGUGAAAAGGGAUCGGCUUCUUCUGAUGUAUGGAUGAUCGACGAACCCUUGAAGACACAACCUGAUUGCCUAUGAUGGCAUUCUGGGGACUUUUCAUCCCUCUAUUGGGGGUGAUGGGUGUUGGACUUGGGUUCCCGACAGGCGCCCCAGCAACAGUUUGUAUGAAUAUGACACCAGGGCACAGGGAUACGGUUGCUAUGGAUACUGCAUCUCCUUACAGGCUGGUGGUGGAUGACUCAAUAGUGGCGCCAGGGGGUGUAAUAACAGUCACUCUCACCAGCAGAGAGGAAUCGGAGGUUACCUUCCGUGGAUUCUUACUUCAGGCACGACGAGCCAAUGACGAAAUCUCAGACGCAGUGGGUCAAUUCACUUACCGUGACAGCAACAACAGAAUAAAGACCUUGGCUUGCAAUGGGCGAGUCUCUAGCGCCCUCACUCAUAAUGACCGAGGGCAAAAGAGAACACUACAAGCAAGGUGGACAGCACCUUGGAAUGUCGAGGGGCCAGUGCAUUUCGUAGCCACCGUUGUGAAGUCAGUCAACGAAUACUGGUUGGGGAUCACAUCACCAAUAGUGAACAUCAUUAAACAGCCUCUUAACCCCAGGAGCACCCCUGAAGCUCACUCAAGCACAAUUCUAAGAGCCACAUCAUCCACUGACACGAAGUUCGAUGAGUCGACAACAGUUAGCAGUCGAUCAACCAUGGGUGAACCCCAUCAAGAGACCAAGUUGACAAGUACAGAAACAAGCAGAAAUCGAACGAGUUCUCAAGGUGUUACAAGCGUUACUGCAAAUUCUACAACAGUGUCAGAAGCGACAACUCAUUUAUCUUCCAUUACACUGUCAAACCUCACUCACAGUAGUAACAACUUUACACACGCAGGAAUUGCAGAUUCUACAACGUUAUCAGAAGGAAGUAUGGCGUCUCCCACGGUUACAUCAUCACUCAGCAUUACCAACAACGCCGAAAGUUCAACUUCAAGCCCAGAAGAAACAUCAACCCAACCAGCACAAGCUGCCCAUUCGACGAUUCCACUCAUUACGACUUUGGCCAGGACAGUUAGCACCAUCUCGUCGUCAGCAACAAUUUUCGAAUCAACCUCCAUAGACACGAACACACCAUCAGCGAUUGAUUUCAGUUCGUCAACAAGCUCUGAUUCAAGAAUUCUUUCCACAGCAGAGUUGAUGUUGAACGUAACAAACGUUAGUGGAUCUACUACACAUACCGAUUCUAUAUCAGCCAAUGAAACUGAAGCAGUUAACGAUUUUUUCACAACGCAACCAGGUGAAUUUCACACAACCGACUCUAUAAUGGAGACUACCACAACAAGGCAGGCUUUUAAUGAGUUUGAAACGAGUACAUUGACUGUUCAAACACCAAUGUCUUCGCAACAUGAAAGCACCACGGUAUCCAAUACAACAGAAGAUACGGUUAAUUCGUCAGCAGAGUCUUCCACGCUGGCAGUGGAGUUAUCAACCCAACCAACAAACCUAUCAUCAGAGCUUUCAGUGACAUCGUCUGAAAAUUCAUCCGCAGUACAUGAAAGUACACCUACUUCAUUUGGUCUUUCCACAUCACUUCCAGAUGCUACAGUCAGUGGAAGACAUAAUAAUACAUCCACUAGGCCGUUGCUUGCAUCCACAGAGCCACUUGUGGAUACAGUUUCAAUGUCAUAUGAUGUAUCCACAUCUCAUGCUAAUGUAUCAUCGCCGUUUUCUACCACUGUGUCAACACCGUCAAAUGACAUAAUAAAUACAUCAACAGCUACAGCUUUUCCUUCACCUGUAAGUACAACAGCGCUUGAAAUGACCACGACAUUAAGUGAUCUUUUGUCCAACACGCAAGGAAAAACACCCCGCCCAUCAGAUGACAACUUCGUUACAGACGCCGUCAACACAACAGAGACAAUAAAAUCUUCAACAGAAACAGCUCCUCCUUACAAAUCACCUACGCAUGCGUUGACAACGACGGAAGAAAUCACACAAGAAUUCACAAACAGUACGAGGGAAUUCGACACAUCAGCAACUCCUUCGCCUGAGACUACUAAUACCAUUGGGGAGACAGAAUCCCCGGCUGCACUUACAUUGCUAUCGACAAGCAUAGUCAUGACAAGGGACUCUACAAGUGAACCGAUGAUGGCUACAAUUGAAUCAACGACAGUAUUCUCGACGACGAGUGGAUCAAUGUCACUACAACCAACACACCCACCAACUAUUUCCACGUCAAAUGCCGGUUCAGAGCAAGCAACAGUAAGGCCAGAGAUGUCUACGCCUUAUGUCAUCAACGAGAAGGCAAACGAAAUCCGACUGAGAGUGUCGAUUGAAGGAGUUCCUUUCACGGACAAUCUCAAAGAUCCAACCUCAGAAUCUUUCAUGAGAAUAGCGGGUCAGGUUGAGAAAGAGAUCUCAGAUUUAUACAGACGAGAGGCUGUGACGACGAUUGAUUGCAUAAAAGUGCUGAGAAUUACGCAAGGCAGCAUAGUCCCUGAGGUACAAAUGCUAGCAACAGGAGACUUGGAUUGGUCUACAAAGUCAGCUUGGCUUAGUGUCAUGUAUAAUGAAGUACAAAAUAACGGAAGGCUAGGGAAUUUCACCGUGUCUGGCAUAUCUGCCGUCACAUCUGAUGGCACUUUUGUUGAAGUCGACCCAUGCUUCUUGCUCCCCUGCCCGGUGUCAAUGGUGUGCUACGUCUAUCAAAGUAGUUGUUUCUCGAGCUGUCGCCUAAAUCAAAACUACUGUCUCAAUGGUGGAAUUUGUCAAGAACCCACAGGAAACAAGCAGUUGGUGUCUUGCAGGUGUGACAGCAGCCAUGAAGGUGUUCGAUGUGAUGUUCGAAAGGAACCUGUAUCUCCUUCUCCAAAUGAAGUGGACAAUUCUCACGUGAUCGUAGCUGCUGUAUGGGGAUCCAUAGGUUCUGUUUGUUUCGUCUUAAUCAUCAUCUUCUCUUCCUGGCUGAUAAGACGCAUGAGAAAGAAAAGACAGUGGAGACACACAGCCAAGUUGAUGGGAAACACUGAGAUGGGAUUACAAAGUCGAGAACGAAUGGAUAGCUUCGCACGGCGUUUGACGUCAAUCCGGGCUGGAGUCCUGAUAGAUUUAGCGAACAUCAGCCUCAGCGGCAGUGAGGGAGAUAGUACCGAGACAGGAUCGAGGCAACUUUCCCGCGCUACAUCAUUCUCUGGCGAAGAGUCUGUAGACCAUCCUAGGUUCAUUGAGGGCGGUGUCCACAUUGGUGGGAUGCCAGACAUCUUGCAAGGAGCCUCGACCACAGACUACGAGUUGGACUUAAUGAACAGACCCCUCAACCAAAAGAGAAAAUCCGUCAGCUUUAAUGAUGUCACGGAGAUGAUCGACUUUGUUGCCACAGAGAAUUUCACCCUCGGCAACCAAGACGGAACAGACGGUAACUUUCAGGUGCGAUGGGACUUUAAAGUCGAUCGCUCCGACUCACAAGAGACAGACUCCUGACGGUAAGCGCCGUCUUCGUUGGUCCCUGCUGCCUCUCAGACUGCUGGUUCAGCUGAGGUAGCACAAGCCUCUUUGUUUGGUGAUAAUCCAUUGUCGUCUACUUAUUCCUUCACUCACACUUACUUCUAGAGAUUAUUUAGAUUUUGAAUUUGCAGCUGUCUAUGUGAUUACUAUUUUACUUUUGACAAUCAAAGAAGCACAAAAAUAUCCCGUCAAAACGACAUUUUGUAUGGAAUUUACCGUUUACAAAAAUUAAUGCACUUCAAAACGUGUGCCUUUGUUUGAAUUGCAACUCAAGGAAAUUUUCUAGUAAUAAUUCCGAAAUUUUUUUGAUCAUUUAAAACAUGGCAGCACACUUCUCUGGCUAAAACGUAAACCAUACUUCACCAAAACUAACCACGACAAAGAGGUUACAGGGACCCGCGACGACGGCGUACCAUUUUCUUUCCGUCCAAUGAAUUCGCGUUUCCAGAGGGUACCUCCCCUGUAAGAAUUGUCCACGUUUGGAUCAUUGUCAACGAACACUUUCAGAUGAAGUGUUCUUUAAUUUAACAAUAAUUCUUUUCUUGUCACCCGUCGUCCAAAUAAGGCGAUGGGAAGGGUAAAUGCAAAACAAUAUUGUUGUCAAGGAACUUUUAGAUAGACUUCAUUUGACAAUAACACAGGUCAACACGCCCUAUUGCACAUGACACGUGCGUACUGAAAAUAGCACAACAGGCCUAUGCAGGCAUUAGGGCCGUUUUCCAAUACUCAACUUUGGCUCCGUCUCAGGCUUCAACUGUUUUUUACUACCUGACUUUGAAAUUGU